AUGAUCGCCUACAUUUUGGUUGCAGUUUCUGAAACAGCGGUCGUUCUUCUUACGAUCUACAAAGGUUACAGGCACAUGCUCAAUACCCGAAAGUCCUGGGUGAAACACGUUUACCGACACGUCAUCACUAUGGCCAACGUUAUAAUCCCAAUUUAUGCUUCGGAACCUAAAUACAAGAAUUACCUCGUCGUGCCACAGCGUGUCUUCCAUUCAAUAUUCUGCAACCGCGUCGUGCUCCUCAUCGAAGGGCAAGUCACUCGCAGGAGACUGAUGGCCGCACACCUCUCGCGUGCACGGACCGUAUCCAAGUCUAAUUACACCGCCAACAUCAUGGAGAUGGAGACGAACAUCGAAGGUACACGCUACACCACGCACGGGGGCCCGGACCUGGACAUGGACAUGGACCUAGACGACGACACGCAGAUAAUGGAAAUGUCCACAUAUCACCACCAAGACUGGACGAUGUAG